AUGCUGCUCUUUGCUUGUGUGUAUGUUGUGCUUAGCUUUCUGGAGGGAGCAAGCUGCUCAUGUCCAUCUCAGUGUACUUGUGAUUAUCAUGGCAGAAAUGACGGCUCAGGAUCAAGGUCAGUGCUAUGUAAUGACCUGGAUAUGAAUGAAGUCCCUACGAACUUCCCGGUGGACACUGUGAAGCUUCGCAUAGAGAAGACAGUGGUCCGCACCAUCCCCGCCGAGGCCUUCUAUUACCUGGUGGAGCUCCGGUACCUCUGGCUGACCUACAACUCCGUGGCCAGCAUCGAACCCAGCAGCUUUUACAACCUCAGGCAGCUGCACGAGUUGCGCUUGGACGGGAAUUCCCUGGCUGCCUUUCCCUGGGCUUCUCUGGGGGACAUGCCCCAUCUAAGGACCCUGGACUUGCAUAAUAACAGAAUAGCCAGUGUGCCAACCGAGGCUGUCCAGAAUCUGAAGAACCUUGCCUACUUGGAUUUAUCAAGCAACAGGCUAACCACCCUGCCUUCAGACUUCCUGGACAGCUGGUCCCACUUAGCUACAGUACCUUCCAGAAGCACAGACCUGGCACCAAGAAGAAUUAUUCUUGGCCUGCAGGACAACCCUUGGGUCUGUGACUGUCAUAUUUCCAAAGUGAUUGAGCUGUCAAAGGCUGCCGACCCCGCUGUGGUGCUGCUCGACCCACUGAUGAUCUGUAGUGAGCCUGAGCGCCUCACAGGAAUUUUAUUUCAGAGAGCGGAGUUGGAGCAGUGUUUGAAGCCAUCGGUGAUGACAUCAGCCACCAAAAUCACUUCGGCUCUGGGCAGCAAUGUCCUCAUUCGGUGUGAUGCCACUGGCUUCCCUACUCCACAGCUCACGUGGACCCGAUCGGAUAGCUUGCCUGUCAAUCAUACAGUGAUCCAGGAGUCACCGGAGGAAGGAGUCAGAUGGUCCAUAAUAAGUUUGACGGGUGUUUCUCACAAGGAUGCUGGAGAUUACACAUGUAAGGCCAAAAAUUUGGCUGGGAUGUCAGAAGCUGUGGUGAUCGUGGCAGUGGUUGGUGUUGUUACAACUACCAUAUCCCCAGACGUUUCUGGAAGAAGGACUGGAGACCACGCUGAGCACGAGGCCCAGCCAGGACCUGGACUGUCCACAAGCCAACCUAGGUCACUGUCAGUGUCCUGGCUCUCUUCCUCCCCUUCUUCCUCCUCUGCUGCCUCAGCUUCUCUUUCGACUUCACCUCCUUCUUCCCCUGCUUCUCUCCCUUUAUCUCCUUUCUUUUCCAUCCUUUCUUCCACCUCACCUCCAAGAACUCAUCUUAAAGCAAGCAGCACCACGGCUGGCAGGCCGUUGCUCCAACUGCACUCAGGCGAGAAGAGAAAUGCCAAAAUGGAGAUGAAUGGGAGCAAGCUCCCUCCAGCCAGCGCAAGUAAGAAAGAAGAGCUGGCGUUGCUGGACCAGGCUAUGCCGUUGGAGACAAACGCCACAAUAGAAGACCUCAGGGUAGUCGGGGAGACUGGAGAGAGCGUGACUUUAGCAUGGACUAGUGUCAACACCACACAGAACGCCAUGGUGACCGUGUUGUAUUCCAAGUAUGGCGAGAAAGACCUGCUGCUGUUGACUGCAGACUCCAGCAAGAAUCAAGUAACCAUAGAUGGCCUGGAGCCUGGCAGGCAGUAUGUGGCGUGUGUCUCUCCAAAAGGAGUGCCAGCCCAGAAGGACCAGUGCAUCACCUUUUCCACAGCCAGAGUGGAUGCUGGUGACUCACAGUGGUCUUUCCUCAUCAUAGUGACCAGCACAGCCUGUGUUGUUCUCCUCCCAGUAAUUUGUUUCUUAUUGUAUAAAGUUUGCAAACUGCAAUGUCAAGCUGACUCCCUUUGGGAAGAUGAUUUGGCAAAAGAGACUUAUAUCCAAUUUGAGACCCUGUCACCCAGGUCUCAAAGUAUAGGGGAACUCUGGACACGAAGGCACAGAGAUGAUUCAGAAAAGUUGCUGCUUUGUUCUAGGUUUAGUGUGGAAUCACAGAUGAAUAAAAGCCAGUGCUCGAGACCAGAGUAUUACUGCUAA